GGCGUCCCGGGCUAGAGGCGGUAGAGGCGGCGGCGACAGCGCGGGCCGGGAUGAACCGCGACGGCUGAGGCGUCGGAGGUGCCGGCUGCGCGGGCCCGACUGAGACUUCUGCGAAGCACCAGCCCCGCACUCCGGGCUUCGCUUCGAGCCCUGCCCCAGUGAGCCUCCCGGACCCCUUUGUGCGGCCGGAGGCGGCGGCGGGAACGGCCAUGGCGGCCAACAUGUACCGAGUGGGGGAUUACGUCUAUUUUGAGAACUCCUCCAGCAAUCCUUACCUGGUUAGAAGGAUUGAAGAGCUCAACAAGACUGCAAAUGGAAACGUGGAGGCAAAGGUUGUGUGCCUUUUCCGGCGAAGGGACAUUUCUAGUAGCCUCAACAGCCUGGCUGAUAGUAAUGCCAGGGAGUUUGAGGAGGAGUCAAAGCAGCCAGGGGUGUCGGAACAGCAGCGACAUCAACUGAAGCACCGGGAGCUUUUUCUUUCUCGGCAAUUCGAAUCGUUACCAGCCACCCACAUAAGGGGGAAAUGCAGUGUGACCCUCUUGAAUGAGACAGAUAUCUUGAGCCAGUACCUGGAAAAGGAGGACUGCUUUUUUUACUCACUGGUGUUUGACCCUGUGCAGAAGACACUUCUAGCUGAUCAGGGGGAGAUUCGAGUUGGUUGCAAAUACCAAGCUGAGAUCCCAGAUCGCCUGGCAGAGGGAGAAUCUGAUAAUCGGAACCAACAGAAGAUGGAGAUGAAAGUCUGGGAUCCAGACAACCCUCUCACAGACCGGCAGAUUGAUCAGUUUCUUGUGGUGGCCCGAGCUGUGGGGACCUUUGCAAGAGCCCUAGAUUGCAGCAGCUCCAUUCGGCAGCCAAGCUUACACAUGAGUGCAGCUGCCGCUUCCCGAGAUAUCACUCUGUUUCACGCCAUGGAUACAUUGCAAAGGAACGGCUACGACCUGGCUAAGGCCAUGUCGACCCUGGUGCCCCAGGGGGGCCCGGUGCUGUGUCGGGAUGAGAUGGAGGAAUGGUCAGCCUCAGAGGCCAUGCUAUUUGAGGAGGCCCUGGAGAAGUACGGGAAGGAUUUCAAUGAUAUUCGCCAGGACUUUCUACCCUGGAAGUCAUUGGCCAGCAUAGUUCAAUUUUAUUACAUGUGGAAAACCACAGACCGAUACAUUCAGCAGAAAAGAUUGAAAGCUGCUGAAGCAGACAGCAAACUAAAACAAGUCUACAUCCCCACCUACACCAAACCCAACCCUAACCAGAUCAUCUCUGUGGGCUCAAAACCUGGCAUGAAUGGGGCUGGAUUCCAGAAGGGCCUGACUUGUGAGAGUUGCCACACUACACAGUCUGCCCAGUGGUAUGCCUGGGGCCCGCCCAACAUGCAGUGCCGCCUCUGUGCUUCCUGUUGGAUCUACUGGAAGAAGUACGGGGGACUGAAGACCCCAACCCAGCUUGAGGGGGCUGCUCGGGGCACCACAGAGCCACACUCGAGGGGUCAUUUGUCCAGACCUGAAGCCCAAAGUCUCUCCCCCUAUACGACCAGCGCCAACCGGGCCAAGCUGCUGGCUAAGAACAGGCAAACAUUCCUGCUCCAGACCACGAAGCUGACCCGUCUUGCCAGACGCAUGUGCAGGGACCUGUUACAACCGAGGAGGGCUGCCCGACGACCUUAUGCCCCUAUCAAUGCCAAUGCCAUCAAGGCAGAGUGCUCCAUUCGACUCCCUAAGGCUGCCAAGACUCCACUGAAGAUUCACCCUUUGGUGCGGCUCCCCCUGGCAACUAUCGUCAAAGAUCUGGUGGCCCAGGCACCUCUGAAACCAAAAACACCGCGGGGUACCAAGACACCGAUCAACAGAAAUCAGCUGACCCAGAACCGGGGACUGGGGGGCAUCAUGGUGAAACGGGCCUAUGAGACUAUGGCAGGAGUCCCCUUCUCUGCCAACGGAAGGCCUCUGGCCUCAGGGAUUCGCUCAAGCUCACAGCCAGCAGCCAAGCGUCAGAAACUAAACCCAGCUGAUGCACCCAAUCCUGUGGUGUUUGUGGCCACAAAAGAUACCAGAGCCCUGCGGAAGGCUCUGACCCACCUGGAAAUGCGGCGAGCUGCCCGCCGGCCCAACUUGCCCCUGAAGGUGAAGCCACCACUGAUUGCAGUGCGGCCCCCAGUCCCUCUUCCUCCAUCCUCACAUCCUGCCAGCACCAGACCCAGCCUAGAGGCCCACCUGGGAGGCCGAAAGCACCGGCACCUGGUAGAACUACGAGCUGCUCGAAAGGCCCAGGGACUUCGAAGUGUGUUUGUCAGUGGCUUUCCCCGGGAUGUGGAUUCUACUCAGCUCUCCGAGUACUUCCAGGCAUUUGGACCUGUGGCCAGUGUUGUCAUGGACAAGGACAAGGGAGUGUUUGCCAUUGUGGAGAUGGGGGACGUGGGUGCCCGGGAAGCUGUCCUCUCACAGCCCCAGCACAGCUUGGGAGGACAUCGCCUGAGGGUCCGGCCACGGGAGCAGAAAGAGUUCCAGAGCCCCGCCUCCAAGUGCCCCAAAGGAGUGGCCCCCGACAGUCACCAGCUGGCAAAAGCACUAGCGGAGGCCCCGGAUGUGGAGGCACAAAUGGUGAAGCUCGUGGGGCUGAGGGAGCUGUCUGAGGCUGAGCGGCAGCUUCGAAGCCUCGUGGUGGCCCUGGUGCAGGAGGUCUUCACAGAGUUCUUCCCUGGCUGUGUGGUCCAUCCUUUUGGCUCUUCCAUAAACAGCUUUGACGUCCAUGGCUGUGAUCUUGACCUCUUCCUGGAUCUGGGGGACUUGGACGAGCCCCAGCCGGCCCCAAAGGCUGCAGAAUCUCCAUCCUUGGACUCGGCCCUUGCAUCCCCACUGGAUCCUCAAGCCCUGGCCUGCACCCCAGCCUCCCCUCCAGACUCACAGCCUCCAGCUUCUCCCCAAGACUCAGAAGCCCUGGACUGUGAAGUUGCUUCCUCCUCCCUGGCACCCCGGACUCCAGACUCUGCUUUGGCCUCUGAGACCCUUGCCUCUCCCCAGUCCCUGCCUCCAUCCUCGCCACUGCAGGAGGACCGGGGAGAGGGGGACCUGGGGAAGGCCAUGGAACUGGCAGAGGCCCUGAAGGGGGAGAAGGCAGAAGGGGGAGCCAUGCUGGAGCUGGUGGGAUCCAUUCUUCGGGGCUGUGUCCCUGGAGUGUACCGAGUCCAAACUGUGCCCUCUGCCCGACGCCCUGUGGUCAAGUUCUGCCAUCGGCCUUCAGGUCUCCACGGUGACGUCUCCCUCAGUAACCGGCUGGCCCUGCAUAACUCCCGCUUCCUGAGCCUCUGCUCUGAGCUGGACGGGCGAGUACGGCCCCUUGUGUACACUCUGCGCUGCUGGGCUCAGGGUCGAGGGCUGUCAGGGAGUGGCCCACUUCUCAAUAACUACGCCCUGACCUUGCUCGUGAUCUAUUUCCUUCAGACCAGGGACCCUCCUGUGUUGCCCACUGUGUCCCAGCUCACCCAGAAAGCAGGUGAGGGCGAACAGGUGGAGGUUGAUGGCUGGGACUGUAGUUUCCCCAGGGAUGCCUCGAGACUGGAGCCCAGCACCAAUAAGGAGCCCCCAAGUUCCCUGCUGGCCCAGUUCUUCUCCUGCGUCUCUUGCUGGGAUCUUCGUGGCUCACUGCUGUCACUGCGGGAGGGUCAGGCACUGCCUGUGGCAGGGGGCCUGCCCUCUAAUCUCUGGGAGGGUCUGCGCCUCGGUCCCAUGAAUCUCCAGGACCCCUUUGACCUGAGUCACAAUGUGGCAGCCAAUGUGACUAGCCGGGUGGUCGGGCGGCUACAGAACUGCUGCCGAGCGGCAGCCAGUUACUGCCGAAGCCUCCAGUACCAGUGCCGUUCCUCCCGGGGUCGGGACUGGGGCCUGCUUCCCCUUCUGCAGCCCAGCUCCCCUAGCUCCCUGCUGUCUGCGACACCCAUCCCCUUACCCCCCGCUCCCUUCACCCAGCUCACUGCUGCCCUGGCCCAGGUGUUACAGGAAGCUUUGGGGUGCCAUAUAGAACAGGGAACCAAGAGACUGCGGUCAGAGGGUGGUGGAACUGGGGAGCCUCCCCAAGGAGGGACAAGCAAAAGAUUGAAACUAGACGGACAGAAAAAAAGCCGCGAGGAGGGGCAGGGGGGGCAGCAGGGACGUGCAGGGGACCACGGUGAAGAUGGGCUGGAAGAAAUGGUGACAGAGGUCGGGGAGUCAGUGCAAGACUGGGCCAUGAGGAGCCCUGGGCAGCCAGGAGAGCUGGCCCCCAUGACCGGAAAGCAUCUAGGCACUGGAGAAGAGGGGCAGUCAGGCCCCGCAGCGCUGGCUGAGCAGGGGCCCAGAGGACUGGAGGCAGCCCGAGAAGGGUCUCAGGCAGGGAAGAGGGCAUCGCUCUCCUCAGUGGGGUGGCGCUGUGCCUUGUGCCACCGAGUGUGGCAGGGGCGGCGGCGUGCCCGAAGACGCUUGCAGCAGCAAAUCAAGGAAGGAGGUGGAGCUGGUGCUGGCACAGGAGCAGAGUGGCUGGCAACUGAGGCUCGGGUCACCCGGCAGCUGAGAGGCCUGAGCAGUACUGAACAGACGCCAGGGGCUGAGCCACUCCUGACCUUCGUGGUGUCUGUCUCCCAGGCUGACCAGACUCUCACUGUGACCCCGCUCCGGGAUUCUCAAGGCCUGUUCCCUGAUCUCCAUCAUUUCUUACAGGUUUUCCUCCCUCAAGCACUUCGAAACCUGCUUAAGUGAAGAUGGGGACCCUAAAGGGCAGUAAAGCUGCUAGUUUAAUAAACAGUAGUUUCCACUAAUUUCCACCUGGUAAUAAUCCUCCUUCCCCCCAGUGCUUAAUGCAGCCUCUCACUGGUACCCUCUCUUGCCACCCUAAAAUAGGUCUCUCAGUAUGUUUCUUUCCUUCAGAGCCCAGGAGGAGUGGGUGUCUGGCACCUGGACCCACGCAGUAGAGUUCUUGAAAGAUGGAGUGCUGGGUGGGUGGCUUGAGCAGCACCUGCGAAGUACCAAGUUUGCUUCCACAUUUACCUUAACUGCCCAGAGUUAUGAAUGGUGACAGGGCUUGACAUUUGGAUUCAGGGUUCUUCAUUCUCUCCCUUAAUAGAAUUCAUCCUGUUCUUAAAUUGGGUUCAGAUCUGAGCAUGGGUAAAGGGCGACCCAUCCAUUGAACUGUCAGCCCUUCCGGGGUGACAGGACGUGGCUGGGUUCUCCCUCAGCCCCUCCCGUGUUGCAGGCCCGAGGACUAGUACCUCUUCUAAGCAGUAACAGCAUCCUUGAGCUGCAAGGUCGUUUAAUGGAAAAAAAAAACCCUCACUUUUACAGAGGGCUUCGGACUUGGGUUCGGGUUAGAUGUACAAGCUCUCCUCUAGAAAGAGCCGGAACAAAAGCAACGUGGCACCCCGCCACCUCCGCGCAGUUGCUUCCGCUCCUAUGAGUGUCACACAACCACGAUGUUAGGGGUCUGGCAGGACCUCCAUCAAAUCAUCGCGGGCCCCGCGACCCGGAGGGAAACGCCUCUGGGGCCCGGCGCGAUGCCGGGCUGGUCUGCCACGUAGCUGCAGAGGGGCGGCUUUCCAGCUAGUUCUCGCAGUCUCCCCACCCUCCGCGCCUUCUACCUCCAUGUCGGGACUCGGAUUGGCCCUCCCUCAGCGCGCAGGCGCGAGCUCUUUCCGCGCAGGCCCCAGGCCCCACCUG